GAAAAGUUGGGCAUUCAACCACCUGAAAAGGAAAAAGAGGAGCUGUUUGUGUCAGAAUUGUUUAGCACGUUAUAAACGAAGUCUUGAGAAAUUAGCUAAAAAUGUUACUGCCCUCAUUUUAAGUACAUUAAGUAAUUGUCAGUGAAUGCUUUGACAGUAACUUCUUGAAUGCAAUUGUGAGUUGUUUUUCACAUGUAAAACCAGAAACACAACUAACGUGUUCCGUACAAGGCGAUACCCAAAUCUUACAACAGUGAGCAAAAUGAUAAACCUGGAUUACUUUUUGUCUGGGAAUGCGAAACAUACUAUGAUGUUGGCAAACUCAAUCAUCGGCGCAAGUAUUUUAUCCAUGCCAUUUUGUUUUAAACAGUGUGGAAUUAUUCUGGGUUCCAUAAUUUUAUAUUUGAACAGCAUCAUGACAAAACUUUGUUGUCAUCAACUUGUCAAAUCCUCACUUAUAUCCAGAAGAAGGAACUAUGAAAUCUUAGCCUAUGAUGUCAUGGGACCAUUUGGAAAACUGUGGAUUGAAGUAUGUAUCAUAGGCUAUAACAUGGGGUGCUGCAUUGCCUAUCUCGUUGUACUUGGUGAUCUCGGUCCAGAAAUAUUAAACAAAAUAGGUCUAAAUUACUCCUUGCAGUCAGCACGAAUACUUCUUAUGGCAGGAAGUAGCAUGUUCAUCAUACUACCUCUAAGCCUCUUGAGAGAUAUUGAAACAUUGAAUGUAAUGUCUACAGUUUCUGUGGCUAUGUACAUGUUAUUGGUUUUAAAAUCCUUCUUUGAGGCUGGAGUCCAGGGCCUAACCGAAGGAAUAUCUUCAAAUAUUGAAGUAUGGAAAAUGGGGGGUGUACUCCAAUGCGUCCCGAUAUUUUCCAUGGCUUUAUCGUGCCAAACGCAGGUGUUUGAAGUAUAUGAUUCCCUACCAGAACCAUCCCUAAAAGCAAUGGAUCGAGUAGUAUCUACAGCCAUUGAUUUGUGCACUUUUAUUUACAUGGGGGUAGGAAUAGCUGGCUACCUAGCCUUUGCGGAUACGCAUUUUACCGGCAAUAUCCUCAUAAGUUUUGCGCCGUCUUUUGUAACUGACCUUAUGAAAGUGGGAUUCCUGCUAUCGAUUAUCUUGAGCUUUCCGUUGUGUGUUUUGCCGUGCAGGACAAGCUUCCAUUCAUUAGUGUAUGGAAAGACGUCUGAUUCGAGUGGCGGGAUGGCAGGAGGAACAACCGGCUCGCUUUCGGAUUUCCGUUUCAAAAUUCUGACAUUCAUAAUCGUCACGGCAACCUUAGUAAUAGGUAUCUGCAUUCCGAAUGUCGAGUUCGUUUUAGGUCUGGUGGGUGCCACUUUAGGAACGGCAGUUUGUUGUGUUGCGCCUGCGUGGAUUUAUCUGCAAGUUGCCCCAUCGACUUCUGGUGAACGCUGGAUUGCCAAAGUGCUGUUCGUGUGUGGAUUGAUUAUUCUGGUUUUGGGCACCGCCGCCAAUAUUUAUGCAGAGGAAGAAUACUCAGAAAGUCAUGCUGAGGACAUCAUUCCGCCUAGUUUAAGGGAAAUCGAAGCCAAAUUUGACCUUCCGUUGCCUCAGUCAUCGCCAUCAGUAGUCAUGAUGGACAACUUCAACAGACUUGGAGAAAAAAACGAAGAAUUGGAAUCCAAUAAUGAUGUGACGGCCGUGACUGAAGAAUUAGCUAUUUCAAAUAUUAGUCUGGCGGUUGUCCGAUCGGCAGUUCCAGCAGUCCAGAUACAAAUAAACCGUUCCAUUAAAUCUAUAGAGAGAACUACCACAAGCUCCCACAGUGCUCCUGUGCUUCCCCUGAACGCGAAAUGAAACAAAUGAACACAAUUUAGAUAACAGUACCAAGAUCAGCUUGGUGCUCAACCCAUCUGAUUGUGUGUGCAAAACUGUGUUAUUCCAUUAUGGGCAUCACUGAAGUCAAAAUGAUCGUAAUUGAUUUUCAAGCACAAUCCAGUUUUUUUUUCUUUGUGAGGUUGGGUUUAUAAUACCUCAGGUAGUUUUGCUCAUGUAAAAAUGUCUUUGGGAUGAUUUAUAAAAUUGUGGUGUUCACGUUUUAAAACACUGUACU